AUUCACUUCUUUAAGUUCUUUAACCAAAUCUCCAAAUAACUCUCUCUUUCUCUCCAUCUCGUUGUUCUAAAUCUUGAAAAUGGAUUCCCUGAUAAAACCCUUCUUCUCACUAUUACUCUUCUUUUUCUCUUCUCUACUCUUUGGGGUUGCGAGUUCAAAUCAACAUCACUUGUACGGUCCAGAGAAGUUGUUCGUGUUCGGAGAUUCUUACGCGGAUACCGGAAACAUAAAAAAGCCUCACGCUGUGUCAUGGAGAGUGCCUUACGGCAUCAGUUUCCCCGGUAAACCACCUGGCCGUUUCUCGGACGGUCUAGUCUCCACCGAUUUUUUAGCCAUAUUGUUGAGGAUACAAUCACCAAUCCCUUACCUGUGGAAAGAUUACGCGGGAAAUAAACGGUUACGGUACGGAAUGAAUUUUGCGUACGGAGGAACCGGAGUGUUCAACACUCAGAGUUCGAGUCCCAACAUGAGCAUUCAGAUCAAAUAUGCUGGAGCCUGGAGCAAUUCGCAAGUAGUCGCCAAGCUCAACAACGAGACCAACCAUUCGGCUUUCGCCAUCAUUGAUUUCUAUAACGCCUUCUUGACCAUCUUCAAGAACAAAGGAGAGAAUCCAGGGAGUACGAGGUUCGAAACCCCGUUGAAACCGUGUUGCGAAGGAAGUUGUGCGAAUGUGGACGAGAAGGGUGAGAAGAAGUAUAGCUUAUGUGAUGAUCCUAAGUCUGCUUUCUUCUGGGAUGGACUUCACCCUACUCAGCAAGGAUGGGAAUCUGUUUACUCUGUGUUAGGCAAAACGCUAACUGCGUCUUUGAUCAAACCGUAAAAACCAAAAUGUGUUUGAGAUUUCAAGUUUUCUUCAAUCUUACAUAGCUGUUACCGAUCUCUCCAUAUUUUGAGUAUAACUUCUUUCAUUUGUGUUUGCAUGGUUAUGGUAUAGUGCCUCUCUCUCUCUCUCUCUCUCUCUGUACUGUGUGUUAAAAGAAGAAAG